CAGAAGACGGCGGUAUCAGUCCGGGACCGCGCGCACCGCUGGAGGCAGUCGAGCUGCAGAGCGGAGCCUCUGUGUGUGUGAAGCAACUCCGGCUGAUGUUUGCGGCGGAGAGGAGAGAGACGGACGGGAAGAGCUGGAGCUGUGGAGCUGGGUGGGCAUGACAUUUGAGCAAAGUCUGAACAGGAACAACGCGCUGCCCAAAGUAGCUAUGUCUGCGGUACGGCGCUCCGCUGGACUUCGCAAAGGUAAAUCAGAACUCCGCAGUGGCUUCAAGCCCCUUUUCUUCCGCCGCUGAACGGAGAUUCGGAGGAGGGAGCAGAAGCGUCGAGGCAGUGCCCGCUUCACCCCUCUACAGUCUGGCAGGUGCAGUCGCCAGGAGAGAGGGRCGGAGGGAGGCAGAGCUGCUGCCUAAUUAACUCCCSGACGAGCAAGAACACAGAGACGGCUUGCGGAAACAGGUGCGCACCGGAGAGGACACUAUGUCAAAGGAGACAAAAGGAAGAGGUGCGGGGCGAAAGCACAGCGCCUCCCACUGGCGUCUGCAGAACAUCGCACAAGAAUCUGUCGAAAGCUCUGAUGAGGAGUUCUUCGACGCCAGAGAUGUUAUGGAGGGGAAGAGCGCCAUUCUGCUGGGCAUGAGUCAGUGGAACUCAAAUGACCUGGUGGAGCAGAUCGAAACUCUGGGACAUAUGGAGGACCAGACUCACGGUACGGACACACACACCCCAGAUGUUAUGGAGGGGAAGAGCGCCAUUCUGCUGGGCAUGAGUCAGUGGAACUCAAAUGACCUGGUGGAGCAGAUCGAAACUCUGGGACAUAUGGAGGACCAGACUCACGAGGGUCUGUACCAGCUGGGCGGUCCGCGCUGCGCCCCUCAGAGCAGCAUUGAAGGUUUGGAGGAUGCAGAGAGGAAAUGUAAAACCCACGUGCUGCUGCUGGCGGUGCAUGGUGGAAACAUCUUGGACACGGCAGGCGGCGACCCGAGCACAAAGGCUGGUGACGUGGCCACGCUGGCCUCAGUGCUGGAGAAGGUGACCCGGGUGCAUUUCCAGGCCGCCGAGGAGCAUGUGAUGAUCAAACUGGUGCCGUGUCCGGCCGUGUGCGCCGAAGCCUUCUCUCUGGUGUCCAAACACGCUGUCUCCAUCCGACACGUUGGCGGUUCACCUGGGAAAGACAACACGGACCGGYUGCGGGAGUCRAGUCCCGGCCUGAGCUCCAGCAAGAGGCUGAGCAAGAGCAACAUCGACAUCUCUGCUCCCAACGAAGGCCAGGGCGGCCCGUCGCUCAGCCGCAAGCAGAGCGACUCGUACGACGGGGAUACCUCUUCCUCGGGCCAGCACAACUUUUUUUCCAGACACGCUGUCUCCAUCCGACACGUUGGCGGUUCACCUGGGAAAGACAACACGGACCGGYUGCGGGAGUCRAGUCCCGGCCUGAGCUCCAGCAAGAGGCUGAGCAAGAGCAACAUCGACAUCUCUGCUCCCAACGAAGGCCAGGGCGGCCCGUCGCUCAGCCGCAAGCAGAGCGACUCGUACGACGGGGAUACCUCUUCCUCGGGCCAGCACAACUUUUUUUCCAGUUUGAUGAAGGAGGGUGUAGAGGUGCGCGGUGGCAGCAGCACCAGUCUGGUGUUGAAUCCAGGCCGCUUUGACUUUGAGGUGUCGGACUGCUUCCUGUUGGGCUGCCCUCUGGGACUGGUGCUGGCCAUGAGACGCACGGUGCUGCCCGCUAUUCACGUGGGGCAGCUUCGCCCAGCCUGCUCCCAGAUCUUCAACCUGUUUUACCCCUCCGAUCCUUCAGCCUCCAGGCUGGAGCCGCUGCUGCAGCCUCUUUUCCACAAGCUGCCGCCGUUCGCCGUGCCACGCUACCAGCGCUAUCCUCUUGGAGACGGGCGCUCGCUGCUCAUYGCAGAAAGCAUCCAAAGCAACCCCGGCGUGUUUCUGGAAGGUGACAAAUCCCACGGCGGUCCAGCUUCACCGCAUUCCUGUGAGACGAAGUCGGACGGAGGAGGAGGCGGCGAAGCAAGAGGUCGUAGAGGCAGCGUGACCAGCGUGGAAAGUGAAAUGUCAGUGUGCUCCAUGAGCCAACUAGGGAACACCAUCGCUAACAUUUCCAGCAGCUGGUGGGGCUCCAAGAGGCUGGACUUCGCUUUGUACUGCCCCGACGUGCUCACCGCCUUCCCCACGGUAGCUCUGCCUCAUCUUUUUCACGCCUCUUACUGGGAGUCCACCGACGUUGCCGCGUUUGUUCUCCGUCAGCUCAUGCGGUGCGACUGCGUGCGGACGCAGGAAGCGGACCACCUGGACUCGGCUCCGUUUUCUCCUUCCAGCCCGCGUGAGAAGUGGCUCCGGCGGAGGACGCAUGUCAAGCUAAGGAACGUCACCGCUAACCACAGGGUGAACGAUGUCAUAGCAACAGAGGAUGGACCUCAGACUUUAGUCGGCCGUUUCAUGUACGGACCGUUGGACAUGGUUACUCUAACUGGAGAAAAGGUGGACAUCCUGGUGAUGACUCAGCCUCAGUCUGGCCGCUGGGUGCACUUUGACAUGGAGGUGACCAGCAGCAGUGGCAGGGUUACCUACACCAUUCCCAAAAGCAAGAAGCUCGGCUUGGGGGUGUAUCCAGUAAAAAUGGUGGUCAAGGGCGACCAGACCAGCGCUGAGGCCUACCUGACUGUGUUGCCGCGGGGCAUGGAGUGUGUGGUGUUCAGCAUCGAUGGGUCUUUUGCUGCCAGCGUGUCCAUUAUGGGCAGCGACCCCAAGGUCCGGCCUGGAGCCGUUGAUGUUGUCAGGCACUGGCAGGACCUCGGGUAUCUAAUCAUCUACAUCACCGGUCGGCCUGACAUGCAGAAGCAGCGCGUUGUGUCUUGGCUCUCGCAGCACAAUUUCCCACACGGGAUGAUCUUCUUUUCUGAAGGGUUGGUUCACGAUCCCCUGCGACAGAAGACCAUCUUCCUUAAAAACCUCAUACAGGAAUGUCACAUCAAGAUAAACUCUGCUUAUGGCUCCAUGAAGGACAUCUCUGUUUACAACAUGUUGGGCCUAAGCCCCUCGCAGAUUUACAUCGUGGGCAGACCUUCGAAGAAGUACCAGAAUCAAUGCCAGUUCCUGAGUGAUGGUUACGCGGCCCACCUCUCCACGCUGCAGUUCAGACACAGAGCGCGGCCCAAGAAGUCCCCGUCGGUCCGCAUGGUGCUGAGGAAAGGCUCGUUCGGCCUCUCCGCCAAGCCGGACUUCCUGUGCAAGCGCACCCACCUGCGGAGGACGAUGUCGGUCCAGCAGCCCGACCCGCCAUGCGCGCCCAACCCCAAACCGGAGCGAGCCCAGAGCCAGCCGGAGUCAGACAAGGACCACGGCGGGGGAGGGUCCGGAGGAGGCGGGGGAGUCGGGCAGGGUGCGUGGGGACGAGCCUCCAUGCACCGCGGGGACACCACGCCCUGACACCCACACCGUCAUGGGAGGAGUGCAGGAGGAAAGAAGAAGAAGAGAACUAAUGGGUCUUGGUGUCCAGGGCCAAGAGUCUGCUGUACACUUCUGUCUGCUGUACAUUGGAGUUUGCUGGCAGUCCUUACAGCGAAGCUUUACCUCCUGCUUGGCCCUCUACACUUUUUCCACCCGAUGGAUUUCGUUUCGUGAUAUUCUCUGUAGAUAAGUUCAGUCUUCUGAAUUUAAAACAGUUGCAAAGUUGUUUUCCUUUGGCAAAUAAUUGUUCUGAGCUCAAAUGCUAUCUAAAUGUAAAAUUUGACCAAUGUGGUUAUGACUCUGAAUUUUCUCGCAUCUUGUAUUUAUUGCACACUCACGCCGAAGAGCGUUAAACCUGGGAUGAAAGCGGUGGAGUUUUCUCCAGAAUAUGGAACGUUGCUCGCCGUUUUGGUUCUGUCCAGUACAGCAAGUUGAUCGCGUUGGCCGACUCCAGCCAGCACAGAGCCCCUCUGCCGAUGUAAAUACCCAGGAGUACUGUGACAUUUUGGCUUAAUCUCUACAUGAGUUCUGCGGCCUGACAUUCUCCAAGUAUCCAAUCUCUGCCUGUUUUUUUUUUUUAAUUUUUUUUUUUACUACUCCCGCUUGCAUUUGGCUCACAUCACUGCCGCUUCAUCCUCCGUUCAACCCGUACGGCGGAUCACACAUUACGACGGCCGACCGCAGCGCCUGGUCUGCAGUCUUCGAAGAGAGACGUGGCACAUACAGUUCCGCUCCCGCCGAGGUCACUUUUCUUUUUCUGGGGGGGUUUUGCACUAACGGCCGUAUUCUGCACAGUCGCUGCUUGGUGGUUAAAAGAAUAAAUGUUAUGAAUAUUGUGUUAACAUGUUUACAGGUUAUCAAGCGGUCGUGACAAGUGAUGAGAGCCGCUUUUCUAACUGUAACUAGCUUUAUUAGCAGGUUUAGUUCACUGGCUUGUUCGACGGCGUUAGCUUGCUAAGCCCGCGGACUUUGUUCCACUUAAAAAUCGCCCGGGACGCGCCCACCUUUAUUUAUUACUGCUGCACUGAAAACUCGAGUAUUUAUGCUGAAAUCCGACAGUCUUGUGCACUUGAAGUUUUACGUGGUUAUGUUUGGAAAAAUCUGUGCAUAUUUUUCUAUCAGGAAAUACUGUAAAUAGAGAUAUUUUCAAUGUAUGUUUUUAGAUCUGUGUUGAACUGUUCACUCUUUUCCUUUUAGCCUUAAAUUGUUUACUUAUUUUGUGGAGCGUUUGUUUCUACCAUCAGUCCUGGCAUAAAGUGCAUUAAUGUUGACUUUUGACAGGUUUUACAUGCUGUGGUAGUGUGUGUGUGUGUGUGUGUGUGAGUGUGUGUUGGUGAAUAUUCAGAGAGUGUAAAUGUCUCUGCAGAGGAAUCGGAGAAGCCGAUGAGGAUCUAUCUGCAUGUUCUCUUUGCAGCUCCACUGCCAGUUUUUAAGAACUGCAUGGAUUUUUGUGGCCCUGGAAAGAAGCAGUAGGGUACAGCAGGAUUACUCAACUGAAUCUUUUAUACCUGCUAUGAAAGGAGAGGGGAUUAUGCGGUCUUAUGGUGUCUUGUUUUAAAUAAAAAUCUGUGCAACGAAUAAUUUGUGCAAUCCAGAAGGGAAGAUUAUCGUGAAAAUCUUUCUUUCUCUUCCUGUAGCCUGCAUAAAGUUUGACUUUUGGAUUAUUGCUAUGUAUGUCUGACUGAGUGUAGUGCUGCCUCUGAAAUAACACUGCACCAUGUAUGAUAUUGUAAAAAAAAAAAAAAAAGGAACAAGUUUAAAACGUACGUUUUUGUUUUGGAUGUACAGUUCCAGUGAGAAGUUUACGAUAUUCCACCUCGUAGUGAUGCAUAUAAACCAUAGUUUUUUUCAGUGUGGAAUGAUGAUACAACAAACGACUUCAGCAAUUUUAAAAACAAGAAAUCCCUGAAUUGUUUUUUUUUUUUUUAUGCAUAGGCACAAAGUUACAGAAAACAGCCUCAAAUACGGUUGAUACUUAAAUACACACUAACUUUUCUUCCUCGCUUUCUGACAUUAAAUCACAUAAAACUUUAUUUUUUAGCUCAGUUAGUAUUACCAAAACUAUUCAUUUGAAUCCCAGGAUUUUUUUUCUUGAUAAUUUUCUAUUUCUUCAAACAUAGAAAUCUUCCCACAGCUUCUCACUCGAGUUUGCUGGAAUUUAUCAUGAUGAGAAAUCUGGUCAUGUUCAUGUGCCACCUUGCUCACACACUGAUGUCCUGCUCUGCCCUCAAAACGUUUGAACAGAGAUCAGAAUUUUAUGAAAUCUAAUCCAGAUUUUUGACGAUCCCAUUUGUAACUAAUGUGGCUGCAUGUUUAGGCUAGUCUGACCUCAAACUCUGUAUGUUUAGACAUCUAGAUAACUAGCUAGCUAACUAACUUGUAUGCUUUAACACUAAGUAACUAACUAGCUUCAGUAGCUAGAUGGUUAUCUAGCUAGGUAGCUAAGAGGAUAGCUAGCUAGCUUUUAUGUCAUUAAAACCCGUUUACAUGAUAAAUUUAAUAGACGUAUUUUUAAUCUGUUACUUAGGUAAUUCAACCAACCAAAUGGUGCAAAGUGCUAUUAUACAUAUUAAGCUUAUAAGUGUUUUAGAAACUCCUGACCAUGGAACUUUUUUAGAAAAGUGGACUGUGGACGCUGACAUUAGCGUUGGGGACAUUAUAUUUACCUUAUUUUUUCUUGUAUUAUUUCUCUUUUUCCUUUUCAUCGAUUUAUUUUGUUAUUUUUGUGCAUCACUUUGGUACAGUUACAAACCUGAUUUUAAAGUGCUAUAUAGAUAAAUUUGAUAUUGACAUUGCUUCAUCAUGUUUUGCAUCGAGACAUACUGUAUGUUAGCCUUGAAUAGCUUCACUUUUUUUUUUUUGUACAACUUAAACACAACAACUAUCUUUUCCAGCAUCCCAUCACAAAGUUUUCGAAGCAAAAUUUUAUCCCUAGUGGACCAAGAGUAGGAGUUUUUUUUGUUCAUCGCUACUGUUUACAAUCAUUUCUGCAUCAGACGUACCAGAAACACACAAAUGCAAAGGUUCUGGCUGGAAAUGAAAAUUUUUGACAUGUUAAAAUCGGUGUAAUUAAUUAACCAAAAUGCGUUAGUCCCAAACAUAGUGUUCAGUGAAGCUGUUUGUUGUGUAAUCGCUGCUCCCCAAAAAAAGAAAAGGUGUGAAUGCUUUAUUAACAGUAGAUUCUCACCCAAAAGGAAUGUAUGUAAAUGUCUGACCAGAACUGUACAUGUUGUUACCGAAGCAGCCAAAUGAACAUUUCCAUUAACAGACACUUUAAGCAAAUAGAUCCUGUGCAACCUGUGAUGCAUAUUUUAAAACUUUUAUGCUAUGAAAUAUUUUAAAAUUACAGUUAUUAAAUGGCAAAUAAAAAUCUAAUAGUUAUUUGUAGCGUGAGUGUUUAUUAUUCAAUAUUCUUUACAGUGUUUGUGGUACUACUGGGCAAAUAAAAAAUAAACACAAUUUCACAAAAUUCAUGGAAAACCAGGGAUUAAAACCAGUAAGAUGAACAUCUUAAUUAGAACUUGUAUUGAUUACAAGUGAGUGAGUCUUAAAA